AUGAUGAACUGGACAGGCGGCCAGCUGCAGCGUCAUCACAACCGCUCAGGCCUGUUGACCAAAGCUCAGAAACAGAACUUCGCCAAGUCUCGACUUCAGAAAGGCAUCGUCAUUCCCCCUCCCUCCCCAUUUCGGAACUUCCCAGAUAUUGGACCAUUCAAGGGCUCGAGCAUCACAGAUCAGAGUGUGGAGGAGGCAGGGUCAGACAAGAAUCAAGUUACGGAAGAGCAUGUCUCACAUGUGACUGGAGGACAAUUCUCUCAUGGUGCCAAGGAGCUGAGCGAGGUCAAACAUCGACUUCUCCAAGAACCCGAUUGGGCAGCUGUAUCCGCUACACGUCCGCUUGAAAUUGCCUUCAUGUCCGUGGAGGAAAUUGAACGGUUUGGAAAGCGACGAAGACUGAAUGAAAAUGACCGGAAGCGACUGGUAGCAGCUAAUAGCAAUGGAUCGACCUUUUUUGAGCUUCCUAGACCCGAACGAAGAGCUAGAAACUCAUUCUCGAUCAUGGAUACCAUCGAAAACAUUCAAAUUGAGAUCAACGGACGACCAGUGGCGCAAUCAAAUUCCAGCUCAGAGGUGGUCAUGAACAGCAUGUCAUCCCAAUCAAUGUUACUCGACCACGAAGGAUCUCCUAUUGUUGACCAGGAUAAGGCAAAAGAGACCCUGACAGCUACCUGGAUUACCAAUCUGUUUCCUCGAUAA